UGAUCAAGAAUAUAUAUAUGUCGUAGAAUGGUUAGUUUGUCCAUAGUACAUGUGCGUACAGCUUUGGUGUGGCGACACAUUGUCUAGUAGUUGUAGAAUGCACAGCAGCUGAAAGGGAAAAAGGGACACACUCUGCUGCUGAGCAUGGUCUGAUCGGAGAGCGCGGACUGAAUGCAAGAAACAGAGAUGGCAAUAGACUUUGGAGAAAUGAUGAAAUUAGAAACAACUCUGUGUUACGCAGGUCAGUUUGGAUGCGUCUCUUGCAACGAGCAGAACUUGCUGUGCAAACUUACUGAAAAUAUGGAAUCGUUGGAGGGAUCUCUGUCAUCAGAAGUGGGAUCUGCUUUGCCUACUGAUCGUGCCACCGAUCCGUAUUUGUUGGCGUUGGAGCUGCAAAACCGCAACCUACUGGAAAUCAUCAAAAACAUGCAGACACCAAGGGCACCGCCAACCGAUGGAAAAGCGUCAUAUGUAGCUCUUCCAAAAUUCAAUCCUGACAGUGCUGGAGCAGAUGCUUCCUCUUGGUGUUCAACAGUGGACCUAAUUUUUGCGGAUAACGUGCUCGAGGGUAGCAAUCUGGUGAUCGCCCUAAGCAAGGCACUAGAAGGCGGCGCAUCACAGUGGCUUUCCCAAAUUUGCUUUGCCGGCAUCACUUGGGCGCAGUUCAAGGAGCUGUUUAUACAACGCUUUGUUGGAAUUGAGACUUCUGCCGCCAUGCUGUUAAAUGUUCUGAAUGGUCGACCAAAGCCGGAGGAGGGCUUCGCUGAAUACGGUAGCCGUAUUGUUACGCUACUUAUGUCAAAAUGGAAAGCCAAGGAUUUGGAAGAAAUAGCGGUAUCUGUGACUCUGGCUCACAUGGCGCAAAUAGAUAACAAGUUGACGCACUUGGUUUUUACAAACAACGUAAAAACUCGCAAUGAGCUACAACAACAGUUACACGCACACUCUUUCAAAAAGCGCAGUAUAGAUGACGAUUCAACAGGCUCGGAGCGCAAGAAGUUCAAGUCUCCGACACCGACGGAAUGCAAUUACUGUGGAAAGGGUGGUCAUAAAUACGCCGAAUGCCGUGCUCGCUUGGAAAAGGGUCAGAGCAAAGGCAAAAUCAACAGCGGCAGCAACAUGACUGGACCGAAGGAUUGGUCAAGUGUCAAAUGCUUUAAAUGUGACGAAAUAGGACAUUUUGCAUCCGCUUGUCCAAAAGGCCGUACGUAUGAGAAGCGGGUAGAUAUCUGCACAGUAGCUCCACCGACUGGAAUAAUGAGGGCAUCCGGUGAGUCUAUUCCAUUUUGUUUUGAUUCAGGUGCUGAAUGCUCCUUAGUGGAGGAAAGCGUCAUGGAUAAAUUUAAGGGGAAACAAAAGAAUAAAUAACAUUGUAAAACUUAACGCCGAGGGUACAUACAUAGGUGGUAGGCAUUUUUGCAAAUCGUUUGAGAUUGUCAAAAUAUUGAAUGGAGAUAGAUGUCUGUCCUUAGCAAGUAAGCGAAUUUACAAAUAUUCUCAUGAAUUCUUAAGAGCUUUGCCGAACAAUCAGCUAAUACGCAAAGAUAGAGACGGCAUGAUGGAAAAAGCGUCUGACAAUAAAGAAAGAGAUUCAAAAAGAAAAAAAAAAAAGGGGUGGCAUAAAUUAAUGUAUAGAGAUAUACCGAACAGAAUUUAAUGUUAAAAAGUGUUAAAGGAACUACACUAAAGUUAUUUCAUUGUGUUAAAGGAAUUACACAAAUGUUUAAAAGUGUUAAAGGAACUACACUAAAGUUAUUUCAAUGUGUUAAAGGAAUUACACAAAUGUUUAAAAGUGUUAAAGGAACUACACUAAAGUUAUUUCAAAGUGUUAAAGGAACUACACUAAUGUUAUAUCGUAAGACGUGUAAAAGGAAUUACAAAAUUGUUAAAAUGUGCCAAAGGAAAUGCACAAAGGUUUUAUUUUACAAAAGAGAAUAAUGUUAUUAAAGAAUAACAAAAUGAAUUAAUAAGAUUAUGUUUAAUGGAAGAAAUGUAAUGAAUAUAGAAGAUUUGAUAUUUAUGUAAGUGAUUUUUAUUUUUGAAAGCUUUUGUCCAAUACAUGAAGUAAAAAGAAAGAAAAAAAUAUCUGUUUAAGAAUAAAGAAAAGUUUAAAGAGAAAUUGAGUCUCGUGGUAUUGAAAACAAAACACACGAGGACGUGUGAGUUGUCAGGAAGGCCGUGUCGUAGAAUGGUUAGUUUGUCCAUAGUACAUGUGCGUACAGCUUUGGUGUGGCGACACAUUGUCUAGUAGUUGUGCGUCAUGUGCGUACAGCUUUGGUGUGGCGACACAUUGUCUAGUAGUUGUAGAAUGCACAGCAGC